UUACUUGAUUCAUAAUCAUUAGACAAUUUUUAGUUGAUGUAUUUAGUUAGAAAGCUUUUGACAUACAAGGGACUAAAUCAAAUCAUUAGAUUUAUGAAAUAUUUUAUAUUUUUUAAUUCGAUGCUAGGCCAUCUGUAGCCUUAUUUUCCACUUGACCAACAAUUAUCAUGGAUGAAAUACCGCCACCCAAGUUUAUAUUAGGAUGGUUAGUAUUAAAAGAAGUAUCACGGCAUCAGAAAAUGGUGCAAAGCCCUAUUACCAUUCAUUUAUACUUACCACCGUCGAACGUGCAUGCACAAGUAUUCAAGAUUUUCAGACGAUAUUAAGUAUUUAUUAAACAAGCGGGUCUUGUCAUCUCAACCACCUGCAAGAGUUCGAACCAUAUGAUUUUUGGCACUGAAAAGUCCAUACACGACGGGUCAUCAUCUGAAUGUUUGAGAUCAAUAGCCAACGCCAUGAUGGAACGUGUAGAACAUCUCUUGGAUAUUGAAUUCGAUGAUCUGGACUUGUUAAGGGUCGUCGCCUACAAUGCAGUUGAUGUUGAAAACGCAGUGCAAAAGUAUUCUACGUACCUGGAGCACACCGUCACUAGUCUUAUAUUUCACGAUUUUGCACACCUCAGAGCUCCGUACGAAUUAAUCGACAAAAUGUUUGACAUGAUAUGCAAAGCGUGGGCUGUUCCCAACUGCAAACUCGGGUACGAGUUGUGCAAAACGUUACGGGAUUCCGGUGGACUGGAUUUUUUGAUGGACAAUUGCAUGUCCAGAGACAAAACUCUACAGUCCUCCAGUGCCAGGCUAUUGGAACAAUGUCUGACGACAGAAAACCACGAAUAUAUACUGGAAAAGGGGGUGGAGAAGUUAUUGCGUAUAGUGUGCGAAUACAAGAACCAAAUCAGCUCGGUGGAUAAAUUGAAUGACAGCACCGGAUUCCUGAAAAACCUAUUUAAACACAGUGAAAUCAUGUAUAGCGAUGUAAUAAAACUCGGUUGUUUGGAUGUGUUGCUGUACGAGUGUUGGAAUCAGGACUCUGAGACCUUGAAACAUUGCGCCAGCGAUUUAGCGAACUUAUCGCUGUAUGGAAGACCAGAAAGCCAAGAUAAAAUGAUUAAGCGAAAAGUACCCACAUGGUUGUUUGCAUUGGCGUUCAACACAGUCGACAACCUCAAGUAUGACGCUCUCUUGGCAAUAGUUGUUUUGGUCACUAAUAGGAAACUCGUCAAAUCCAAUAUGGCUUCAUAUUCCCGUAUCCAAGUUCAAAAAUGGUUGAAGAGACUCGUCCCGGUUUUGAGUUCCACCCGAGAAGAAGAGCGCAACUUGUCUGCAUUCCAUUUUUUGGAAGCCGAGAACAAGAAGCAAUUACGUUUGACCAGCGUAUUCAGAGUGGUCGACGUGAUUGAAUCACUGAAAAAAGUAAACAGUAGCGAAAACCCUGUAGCGUCCAAAUUAGCAGCCAAAACAUUAAUGUUAAUUGGUGAAGAGGUACCGCACCAUCACUGCAGUCAAGAGGAAGUUCCCCAGUGGUCAGUAAAUAAAGUACAUAAAUGGGUGAAGCAAAUCGAUUUUAGCGAGUUCGCUGAAAAGUUUUUGGAAAAUCUAGUUGAUGGUCAUAUUUUGUUGGACAUUACCGAGGACAACUUGAAAUACGACAUCGGAAUGCAAAAUGGAAUAAUGAGAAAAAGAUUUAUGAGAGAACUAGAUAAUUUGAAAGAAACGACCGACUACAGUAGUAAAGACUCAACCGGUUUGCAGAAGUUCCUAAAGUCAAUCAGCUCAAAGUUCGUCAUAUACACCUAUCCCAUGUUGAGUGCAGGAGUCAACAUGAAUACGAUCAGGAACUUAACGGCAGAUCAGCUAGUAGAUGAUUGCAGAAUCACAAACAUCAUACAUCAGUCUUGUAUAUUAAAGGCAAUUAGAGAAAUGAAUUUGAUUGAAUCGUCUUUGGACAAAAAAAUCACGGAUGUGUUUAUCAGCUACAGACGAUCGAAUGGAUCUGAAUUGGCUAGUUUAAUCAAAGUUAACCUAGAAAUUCGAGGGUAUCGAGUGUUCAUCGAUGUGGUAAAAUUAGAAAACGGACAUUUCGGCAAUAACCUAGUAAAACAUAUAAGACAGGCGAAAAACUUCGUGCUUGUGUUAACCAAAAGUUCGUUGGACCGAUGUGUCGGUGACUACGAAUGUAACGACUGGGUUCACAAGGAAAUCGUGACAGCGAUGCAAAACCAGCUGAACAUUAUUCCUAUUGCAGUGGACGACUUCACUUGGCCAGAAAUGCUUCCAUAUGACAUGCGCGACUUGCAGACUUACGAUGUAGUACACUGGUCGAACGACCAUGAUGAUUCAUGCAUAGAUGCCAUCGUGACAACUAUUCAUGGAGACUCGAAUGCCGUCAAAGGUGAAACCAGCGAUGGUCUUUGUCAGACCUGUCUGCCGCAGUGGGGCACCCAACCACAGUUGUCGUGUAGUUUCAAUUCCCCAAACAUCAAGGGCCAACCCACAUCCGGUGACCGCCUACCGCCGCCUGCUACAUGACUGUCUCUGGGAAAUGGAUAGAAAUGUCCAGCGGCUGAGAAUAUUAAACGAAAUGUGCAUUAGUCAAAAAUAGUAUUAUUAUUACAAAGUACACACACUGUACCGAUUUGUAUUCCAAUAUCUAUAUUCACAAAAUAAAAUUAUCAAAUAUA